CGAGGUGACGGCUCGAACAACCCGGGCAACAAUUUGCACGUUUCUUCCUUGAGCCACAAGGUCGACACUCGUGAUCUCGAGGCGGCCUUCGCAAAAGUUGGACGAAUUAAGAAGGCUCAGGUCAUGUAUGAUCCUCAUACGCGUGAGUCGCGCGGAUUUGGGUUCGUGACCAUGGAGACCCCCGAAGAGGCGGAUGCCGCCAUUACUGCGUUGAAUGGUACUGAUCUUAUGGGCAAGAAUAUGACAGUGGAGAAGGUGAGGAUGUGCGCUUUUCAAUCGUUUUCUUGCCUUAUUUUGCAUUGUAGGCCCGCCGAGCUCGCGCUAGGACUCCGACUCCCGGCAGGUACUACGGACCUCCGAAGCGCAACGAAUGUGCGUUUUCAAUCUUUUCAACAGAGAAAGAGGAAGCUGAUCUCGUUCUUUGCAGUCGAACGGCCCUACGAUCCUCGUCCGUACGACAGCCGCUACUCUCGAUUAGAUGAACGCCGCCCGCGCGGACGUUACGAUGACGACUACCGUGGUGGCGGCGGGAUGGGCCGCGACUACGACCGAGGAUAUGGCCGCGACUACGACAGGGGCUAUGGCCGCGACUAUGACCGCCGUGGUGGUGGUGGUGGUGGUGGCUACGAAGGUGACAGGCGCUACUGA